UGUGUUUGCCAACUAGUUCCGCUAUUUCUCUGUUAGACACAGGUAAGAGGUAGCCACUUUACACUUUGGAGAUUCUCUUCAGUAAAAUAUUUUCCUGAUUCGCUGUAUUCAUUAUUCCCUCUCAUGCUUGGAGUUACUUGAAAACCAAAGGAACAAAGAAGAGACAUCUUGAAUUCACUUAGCACCCACUUGAAUUUUAGGGUUUCAGUCACACUAGUCCUUUUUUCCAUUUGAUUUGAAUUAUGGCAUGUGAUAUAUAAACAGCUAUGCAGAAGGCCUGCAAAACUGCAACAAUCCUGAUGCUUCCAGAGCAAAAGGGAGGAGCAACCACAAAUGAGGAAGUUAUUUUCCUUAAAGAUACCUGCCAACUUUGGCAGAUGGAUUGCACCUGCUAAUUAAACCACAGCCUAUAAAACGUGGCUUUUCCUAUCUCAGGAAUAAAUCCAGGGGAGGGUGAAGGACUGAUGGCUCCCAUGCUGUCUUCAGUGCUAAUGAGUUUCAGACCAACUUCACAAGUAGUUCAUACACUGAAGCUACGAUGGAAUGUUCUACAGAAAGAUCAACAUGUAAAACUUAGAGUUCCUUUUUCACUCUUUACACAAUCGUACACUUUCACGUGCUCACAUAUAUACACAGAGAUACCCCUAAUUUGGUGGUUCAUCUUAUUUUUUCAAGCUCCCAUAAUUGGCAACCAGCUACUUAGUCAUCUAACCCAGGAAAACCAGCAGUUGCUUUGUGUCACCCCCAUCACAACACAGACAUCCAGCUAGUUUCUAAGUUCUGUACAAUUUUAAUUGUUCCAAGUCCAUUCCCGUAUCUUUGUUCCCUCUGCUAGCUUCAGGGCCUUUCUCAGCUAGACUCAAGGUAAUAGCCACUGAUAUCCUUACCUCUACUCUUUUUCCUCUCUUCAAUCUAUUCUUUCCAUUUAGUCAUAGGUUGUCUCUCUGAAGCACAGAUAGGAUCAUUACAGUACUUAACAUCAGACAGUAAAUAUCGAACAGUUAUUUCUGGCCUAAAAUUCCACAGAUUCCCAUUGUUCAUGCUAUUAAUGUUCAAUUCCUUAGCAUGACAUUACAUCCAUGGAGCUCUGAGUCCACUCUACCUUCCUGAUCUUACCUACCUCUACUACCGCUGCUCCCCAGGUGUAAUGUGGAUCAGCCACAGUGGUCUACUAACCAUUCCUAAAUUUGUUCUCACCUUUGUUCAUAUAUAAUACUAUUCUGUCUGAAAUAAUCUUGCCUUCCUGACAAUCCUAGUUAAUGAAGAGCAGCGGCUUUAGUUAUGCUGCAACCUUUCUGAUCUUUACCUUUCUCAUUUCGUGCACAAGAGUGCCGAUUCCGUAAGGAAGCUGUGAUGAUGUGGUAAGUUUCUAAAGGCGCUUUGACAUUUUGCCGCAUAGUAAAUGGUCACAAUGAGUAGAAGAGACCAGCAAUUAAAGCUUCCACGCAUCUUUUUCCAAUACCGAAAAGAUACAUGCCCCUCUAAGUAGUUUAAGAAGCUAAUGUGGCUAAAACUUGAUGGGAAGUCCGACCCAGAUUACCUUCACAUUGCCUCCAAUAAUGUCCCCAUUCAUUCAGGAGACUAAAUUCAGAUCUCAGAAAACUAAACAGGUCAACAGGUUUUAAUAUUAAGUGAAGCCCAGUGGCCAGGUGGGUAUGGAGAUAUGUCACUGGUCCCAAGAAGUGUCCCUGUCACAAAGCCUGCCGACACCUAGCCACUCAGGUUAGGCAAUGAAUGAAGGCGCUUGCGCAGUAGAAUCCAGAGCGGGGAAGCGGGCGCCUGCGCAGAGACGUGGUGACCGUCCGCUUCAUGCCAAGCCGCGCCAGCGCAGUGAAGAACGAGCCAGCAGAAACAGCGCCUGCGCAGCCGUGGCUGAGGAGCUUGUGGCGGCAGCGGCAAUGGAACCAGCGGAGCAGCUGAGCGAGUUAGUGUCAGCCGAGGGCCGAAACCGGAAGGCGGUGCUGUGCCAGCGUUGCGGCUCCCGGGUGCUGCAGCCAGGGACCGCUCUCUUCUCUCGCCGACAGCUUUUCCUUCCCUCCAUGAGAAAGAAGCCAGCUCUGUCUGACGGCAGCAAUCCUGAUGGUGAUCUCCUCCAGGAACACUGGCUGGUUGAGGACAUGUUCAUUUUUGAGAAUGUGGGCUUCACCAAGGACGUGGGCAACAUCAAGUUUCUGGUCUGUGCAGACUGUGAAAUUGGACCAAUUGGUUGGCAUUGCCUAGAUGACAAGAACAGUUUCUAUGUGGCCUUGGAACGAGUUUCCCAUGAGUAACUGAGGGGAAGGGUACCCAGCUCCACCUCCAAAGAUAAACCUGCUCCCCACAAGAACUGGCCUUUAAUGUGGUCUAACUGUUCUGCUGCCUUCUUCUCUGUGCUAAUAUAAAUACUGAGUACCAGCAUGUCCACUUGAACAUGCAGAGGGUUAAUCCUGCUUCCUAAAGCCUCACGUACAUGCCUCCUGCCUAGUUCACUUUGCAUCACAUUUCCUAAGCUCCUUUUUCCCCCAGUUUUGGGACACUGCUUACCUCCACAAAUCUCAUCUCUUCCCUCGCAUUCUGCCUAGGCUCUGUUUUGCCCAGGGGCUCCCUCUUUUUCUUGCUCUAGAAGAGCAGUAUUCAACCGUUUAGUUAUGACGACACGUAACAAAAGAUGCUUAUGUACUAAUAGUUGAAAGUCUGCCUUUUUCUCAUUCAAGAAGGCAUACAAAUAUCUGAGAGUGACUUUGUUGUAUAGCUACCCUUGUGAUCUACAGUAAUUUAAUCAAACUAAAAGUAAAGCAUUUACAAAACUCAGUAUUUAAACCACUAACCAGAAA